CCAUUGGAGAUCUUGUGCUGUGGGAUGGACCAAUGGGAAAAACAGUUGCUGGCACCCAUCCUGAGCUCUUUGAAGAGGUCACAAUGACAGCCCACACAUCACGAACACACUUCGCAAGAUCUAUGAGAACUGCUGCUGUGAGCUUCUACUUCCAGGUUUCUAGAGUGGUGGAAAUGGGACAGCAUCGGUGCUGGUUGCAUCCCAAAAUGUGGAGGUUGCCGCUGUGGAAACUGCCAGCCAGAUGAACAUAGUGGGAAGCCUCAUUGGCAUGCCAGCUAUCCCUGGGUAGAAGAUCCAGCCACAUUACAUUGCAACAGGAGUGCAGUUGAAGCUACAUUCAUGAGGACUGAGAGGCAACUGGCUAAGGACCCAGAGUGGAAGGCCGCAUAUGCAGCUCAAAUUCAUGAGAUGGUUAAGCGGCGAGCUGCAAUGAAGUUGUCUAAAGACAUCUUGGAUACAUGGACUGGCCCAGUAUGGUACAUCAGUCACCUCAUUGCACCAAACCCACACUCUGUCACAACUCCAGUCAGGUUGGUCUGGAACAGCAGUCAAAAGUGUAGAGGGGUGAGUUUGAAUGAUCUUCUGCUGAAGGGCCCAGAUGUGCUAAAUUCAAUCAGAGCUGUACUUCUCAGAUUCCGAAGUGGAAGAUUUGCUGCCCUGGGAGACAUACGCAAGAUGUAUAAUUCAGUAUGGCUUGAAGACCGAGAGGUACACCUACAUAGGUUCCUGUGGCGUGACUCUGAGGAGGAGGAGCUGGGUGAGUUUGCAAUCACUAGAGUCAACAUUGGUGAUAAGCCAGCAGGAUGUAUUGCUCAACUUGCUUUAAGAGAGACAGCUAAACUCCCCCAGUUCAGCCAUUUUGUGGAGGAGCGGAGAGUAAUUGAAGAGCAUAGCUAUGUUGAUGAUCUUUUGACCUCUCAUAACAACUUGAACCAGCUCAAAAUUAUCACUGGAAAUGUGGAGCAGAUCCUGAAUGCAGGCGGGUUCGAGUUAAAACCAUGGGUCUUCUCUGGUCAAAGUGGAAACCAGCCUACUGAGAAACAAGAACGGGAGGCUGCUACAAAGAUGAUUCUGCCAAAUCAGCUUAAAGAGGAUGACAACAAAGCUCUUGGUCUUGGCUAUACAGUGGAAGAUGACAAGCUCCAUGUCAUGGUUGGAAUAAACUUCUCAAAGAGAAAAAGGAAAAUGAAACAAGGGAGAAAUCUUCAACUGGAAGAGGUGAGAGCCCAGACACCAAACCCACUAACACGUCGACAAUUACUCAGCCAAGUUUCUGCAUUAUAUGACCCAAUUGGUCUGACAACACCUGUUAAGCAGAAAGGGGCCAUUCUAGUCCGCAGAGCAUUUCAGGAAGCUAAGCUUAGAACUAUCAAAGACACUUGGGACCUUGCACUCUCAGAAAAGCUUAGAGCAGAUGCCAUUCAUCUCUUUGAAGAAUAUACCAAGCUGAACCAGGUUAAGUUUCCAAGAGCUUUGACACCAGUGUUUGCAUCUGCUGAGCCUGAUGCAAUUACCUUCUCUGAUGGCAGUGAGCAGGCUUAUGGUGCUGUCCUCUACCUGCGCUGGGCAUGUGAUCAAGGUCCUGUGGUACGGCUGGUAGAAUCUAAGGCUAAACUAACACCCUUAGACCACAAGGGGGAAGCUGUCAAGGCUGAGCUGUGUGGAGCAGUAUUUGCUGCCCGACUGAAGAGGUACUUUGUGCAGUAUUGCAAAAUUAAAGUAAAACAAUGGUACCACUUUGUUGACAGCCAAACUGUUCUCUGUGCAAUUCAACGUGAAAGUUAUGGUUUCCAGUCCUUUUUUGCCAAUAGGAUUGGAGAAAUCCAAGAUAGUACACAACUUCAGGAUUGGCUGUGGAUCCCUGGUCCCCUGAACAUUGCUGAUAUCAUCACUCGUGGGUCUGGUUCAAAGGAUUUGGAGGAAGACUCUGCAUGGCAGCAAGGCCCAAACUUUCUCAGUCUACCAACUGGUAAGUGGCCAAUAAAGUCUCCAAAGGAUGUUUCAUUAACUGAAAGAGAAACCAUUGGAAAGAUGCAGAAAAAAUCGUUUGCUGCUGUACUUACAAGAGCACAGGCAAAGAAAGAACCACCAGAUCCAGAACCUCGGAGACCGCCCACCAAUACUGCAGUCAGGAACUUGGUGGAUGUACGACGCUUUAGCAAUUUGGGUUUGCUCCUCCGAGUGAUUGCCCAGGUCUGGCGGGCUGCAAAACGCUUUGUAGGUCAAAAGAGGAUCUUGAGAACCUCAAAGUGGGAGGCAGUGCCAUUAACUGGGGUCAUUACUGUAAUGGAGCGCCAGGAUGCUUUAAGAGAUCUUUUUCUUGCUGCACAGGACGGUGUCACCUUUCCAGCCACUACCAUAGACCGUUUGGUGGUUUACAAAGAGGAAGAAUCUGGGCUUCUGCUUUGUGGUGGGAGGAUCCAGGCUUUCAAUGAAGACAAGGUUGGUGUUCCCCUGUUACCAUACAAUGCCUGGGUCUCAAUGCUGUUGGUUUACGAAGCUCACAACAGAGGUCAUGAGGGAGUGGCUGCAACUCUUCUGAAGGUGAGAAAGAAAGCAUGGAUCAUCAAAGGAAGAAGAAUUACUCAAAAAGUAAUUAACAAUUGUGUGAUCUGCAAGAAAACCAGAGCCAAAUUAUGUCGGCAAAUAAUGAGUGAUUUACCUCAAGAAAGAACUCGGCCCGCAGCCCCAUUUGAGUUUACAACAGUUGACCUGUUUGGACCAUAUCAGGUUAAAGAUGAUGUGAAGAGGAGAGUCAAGAUGAAGGUUUGGGGGUUGGCAUUCUGCUGCAUGGCCAGCAGAGCAAUUCACACAGAGCUUGCUAACUCUAUGUCAACUGAAAGUUUUCUAAUGGCUUACCAAAGAUUUACAGCUAUUCGGGGUCACCCUAAAAAGAUCUGGUCUGAUCCAGGGACCAAUUUUAUUGGUGCCAAACCGGUUCUGGAGGAGUUGUAUCAAUUUCUGGAUGGGUUGAACAGGUCCGCUGUAGAAGAAACUUCAGCUCAGAAUGGAACUGAAUGGCAGUGGAAAAUCCAGCCAGCGGAUUCCCCUCAUCGCAAUGGCUCUGCUGAAGCAGGUGUCCGGAUUGUGAAAAGAGCAUUCCAGAGCCUGGGAAGAGAGUCGGGACUAAGCUUCAGUGAGUUCCAAACAACACUUCAGCUUGCUGCCAACCUUGCAAAUGAACGUCCCAUUGAUGCCAGGGUACAGAGCCGAGAGGACACUGUGCAGUAUGUCACACCUAAUUCACUUCUGCUGGGACGAGCAUCAUCAAGUGGUGACUGGAAAACCUUUGAUUUCACAAGUUAUCCCUACAAGAGACUUCAAGAAAUGCAUCACCAGGUUAACACUUUCUGGAGGUCCUGGAGCCAGCUUGCUGGACCUAAUCUUUUUAUCAGGAGUAAAUGGCACACUAUGAAAAGAAAUGUUGCAGUCGGAGACAUUGUUUGGCUGUGUGACCAGAAUGCAUUGAGGGGUCACUUUAAGCUUGGAAGAGUCAUCAGCGUUAAUGCAGAUACUAGAGGCAUUGUGCGGGAUGUAAAUGUUAAAGUUGUAACAAGUUUGUGCACUCCAGAGGUGAGGCCCGCAUCCAAGAAUCCUGCAUCCAAGCUUCCUCCAUCCAGCAUUCUGAGGGACACACAGUUUACAAUCCUUCACAGAGAUGUCAGACGACUAGUUGUUCUCCUGCCAGCAGAGGAGCAAGCAGGAAACCCAGAAGGAAGUCGGACUGUAAAUUGA